AUGGCCGAACACAACCUUGAAGCGUCGAAGACGCCCAUUGUCGCCGAAAAGGACGAUAUCGCCGCGGCCAAGGGCGAACACGUCGAGGAGAUUGGCCACGCUGCCACCGCCGAGGAUCACGUGGAGACUCCUUUGCAGGCCAUCAAGAAUCAGCCUUGGGCGUUUCUGUGGUGUGUCUACGCCAUCUACGUCCUUAUCCUCACCAGUUUCGACAACCAGGCGGGCGGCAGCAUUCUGAGUAUCCCCGAGUUCCGCAAAGACUUUGGCAACGAAUUCAAUGGCGACUAUGUACUUCCCGCGAAAUGGCAAUCUGCCUACAGUGGAGCGCCGGUGGCAUCUGCCGUCAUUGGAUCCAUUGGUGCUGGCUAUAUUACAGAUAUCAUCGGCCGAAAGUGGACAUAUUUCAUCAGCUACAUCUUCAUCUUCGUCGGAAUCACACUCGAGACUACCAGCACGACCAAUGAAAUGUUCUUUGCCGGAAAGUUUAUCGCAGGUUUUCCCAUUGGCGCCUUCAUUACCGUCAGCAUGACGUACAUCGGCGAGAUCGCGCCUCUGGCUCUUCGUGGUAUCCUGACCGCCGCCGCUGCCAUCGCUUUCACAAUCGGACCUUUCAUCGUCUCCCUCAUUGUCAACGCGACAGGUGCUCGCCAGGACCGCUGGGCCUACCGAGCUAUCUUCGUUUCUCAAUAUGGUGUGAGUGGGUUGGGAAUUCUGGUAUUGGCCUUCAUGCCAGAGUCCCCGUGGUGGCUGGUGAACAAGGGCAAAAUGCAGAAGGCUAUGAAGUCCCUGAGCCGUCUUGGCUACGACGCAGUACAAGCCGAGAAACGUCUCUCCAUUAUCACGACCACUUUGGCCGAGGUGCGCAAGGAGACUGAAGGCGCAAGUUAUGCCGAGUGUUUCCGCAAGUCAAACUUGCGUCGCACUGUCAUCUCCGUCAUGCCCCUGAGCAUCCAGGCCCUGUGUGGAGUCUACUUCGUGUCCGCCUACAGCACAUAUUACCAACAGCUGGCUGGAUACAGCACCCAAGAGAGCUUCAUUCUGGCGAUCGUCCAACAAGUCAUUUCGAUGCUUGGCAAUGUUGUCUCCUGGUUCCUCAUCGACCGAGUCGGCCGUCGGGGGCUGACGCUCUACGGCAUGUGCAUUCUCACCACCCUGCUCAUGAUUACUGGUGGUCUUGCCGUCGCUGGAACUCCUGGUGCCGUGAAGGGAACAGUUGCGCUGCUCCUGAUCUACUGCUUCUUCUACAACGUCACCAUUGGCGCAACUGCCUACUCUUUGUUGACCGAGGUUGCCACAUCUCGACUUCGUGCGAAGACUGCCUCUAUGGCCUUGGCUCUUCAGAAUGCCCUCUUCACCAUGUGGGCUUUCGUCAUUCCCUUCCUUUUCAACCCCGACCAAGCGAACUUGCAGGCGAAGGUUGCCUUCAUUUUUGGUGCCUUCUCCAUUUUGUCCACAGUUUACCUCUUCUUAUACCAGCCCGAGGUUGCCGGCAGGUCUUACGAGGAGCUUGAUGAGAUGUUUAUGAAGAAGGUCCCUGCACGCGACUUCAAGAGCUACAAGACGGAGGUUGAGGAGAAGAGCGAGCGCGCUGUUGCUGAGAACAUUUGA